GGCCUUCCCGGCAGCCGUGGUCACGUGGGGUGGCGGUGCUUCCGCAAGCGGCGGCGCGAUCGUGUCGCCUCCCCCCCCUCCCAUCACGGUGGCCCCGGGACCCCCCCGCCGGGACCCCCCCACCCCCCCCGCCAUGGAGGACGUGACCCCCCCGGAUCUUCUGCCCUUCCUCCUGCAGCAGGACUGGGGUGUGCAGGAGCCGGGGGGGGGAGGGGGCGGCGCCCCCUUCGUGGAGAUCCUGGAGCAGCCGAAGGCGCGGGGGAUGCGCUUCCGCUACAAGUGCGAGGGGCGCUCGGCCGGCAGCAUCCCCGGGGAGCACAGCACCGACACCACCAAGACCCACCCCACCAUCCGCGUGAACAACUACCGGGGCCCGGGGCGGGUGCGGGUGUCGCUGGUGACGAAGGAGCCCCCCCACCGCCCCCACCCCCACGAGCUGGUGGGCAAAGACUGUCGCCAUGGUUACUACGAGGCCGAGCUGCCCCCCGAGCGCAGCGUCCACAGUUUCCAGAAUUUAGGGAUUCAGUGCGUGAAGAAGCGGGAGCUGGAGGCGGCCGUGGCCGAGCGCAUCCGCACCAACAACAACCCCUUCAACGUGCCGGCGGAGCAGCGCGGGGGCGAGUACGACCUGAGCGCGGUGCGGCUCUGCUUCCAGGUGUGGGUGCGGGGCCCCGGGGGGCUGCGCCCCCUGCCCCCCGUCCUCUCGCAGCCCGUCUACGACAACCGGGCGCCCAGCACGGCCGAGCUGCGGAUCUGCCGGGUGAACCGUAACUCGGGGAGCUGCCGGGGGGGCGACGAGAUCUUCCUGCUCUGCGACAAGGUCCAGAAAGAGGACAUCGAGGUGCGUUUCUCGGCGGAGGGCUGGGAGGCGAAGGGCUCCUUCGCGCAGGCCGACGUCCACCGCCAGGUCGCCAUCGUGUUCCGCACGCCGCCGUACCGCGAGGCGGCCCUGCGGCAGCCCGUCACCGUCCGCAUGCAGCUCCAGCGACCCUCCGACCGCGAGCGCAGCGAGCCCAUGGACUUCCGCUACCUGCCCCACCACGGGGACCUGCAGUGCAUUGAGGAGAAGCGCAAGCGCACCCGUGAGACCUUCCGCUCCUUUGUCCAGCGCAGCCCCCUGCCCGGCCCGGCGCCCUCCGAGCCACGGCUCCCCCGGCGCAUCGCGGUGCCCUCGCGGCCCUCCCCGGCCCCCCAGCCCCCCCCCCAGCAUGGCUCUCCCCUCAGCCCCCACCUUCUCUUUUGGGGGUCCGGGGGGGCUGUUGGGCCCCGCCCCCCCCGAACCGGAGCCCUUGGCUGAGGCCCUGCUGCAGCUGCAGUUCGAAGAGGGGCCCCCCCCAGGAGGGGGGGUCAGCACGGGGGGGGGCACCCCCUGUUUGGAUUUAGGGGCACUCCUGGGGGACCCCCCGUUCUCCCCCCUCGAUACCAUCAACGCCGCCGACGUCCAACGUUUGUUGGGCCCCCCUGACCCCCCC